CCGUUCGGUCCGUUGCUGAUGGAAUUUGGAAAUGAAGAAGAAGAAAAAGUCAAUUUGUGUUGCCGGUUUUGUUUUUGUUUGUUUUGCUUGCAUUCUUGCAAAUUCGGGUUUAUUUUAUUAUUAUUAUAUAUAAUAUUUUUGUUUCCGAAUUUAUGUUCUCAUUGUUAUUAUUGUCAUAUUAUAUGAAUACUUAAUGGAGUUCCUCGAAAGUGUUCUUGGAAAUAGUGUAACUGUUAAAAGUUGCAUGCAACAAAAUAAUGCAGACCUGUUGACUUAACACAAGAAGAAGUAGUUUCAGUUUUUAAAGUUAUGCCGUUAUGGAUUCGGAUACUCUAGUUUCGGAUCGGAUUAGUUAUGCUUUCGCUAUCAAUGGGUAAGAGCCUCUCUGAGUGAUUGUAGACUUGAAAGUCGUACUUAAUUUUACCGGAGAUGGCCACUGCCAUCUGUAAUGAUAUGCUGGCAGAAGGCACAUGGAUGGGAAUGAAAAGCUUGUUCCGUGGCAUCUCUACAUCCAUGGAUGCACUGACGGUUUCUCCAGAAAGAUAAUUUAUCUUCAGCUGUCUGUGACGAAAGGAAGUGAUACAGUCCUGGAAAUAUUUGAACGAGGAGUAGAGAAGCAUGGCUUACCAAUGCGAGUACGUGGGGACAGGGGAACCGAAAAUGUUAGAGUGAUGGAUUUCAUGCAAACCCGACGCUGCAAUAUUGAGGCCCCUUACAUUCAAGGUAGAAGUGUACACAACACCAGGAUCGAGAGGUUAUGGGCAGAGGUAAACUCUGUUGUGUCCUCCAAAUUUCGUCGAAUUUUUAGACAUUUAGAACAUGCCGAUGUCUUAAGUCAACUUUCUGUUUUGGAUUUAUUAUGUCUAAUCUAUGUUUACUUUCCAAGAAUCCAGAAAAGCCUUGACAGUUUCCGUAAUCUUUGGAAUAAUCAUGGUUUAAGGACAGCACAUAAUGCUACUCCUAAUGAGUUGUGGUUGUUGAGCCUGCGCCAGUUAAGUAGUGAAGAGGAUGUUUUUGAGCUGGAAUUGGUACCAGAAUUUUUGGAUUUAGACUUCACUGCUUCAAGUGAUGUUGAAUUGCCCUUACCUAACAUAGAUGUCUCAGUAUUUCAGCUCAGUCCGGAGGAAUUGGACCAUUUUGGUGAAGUUGCUCACACUUUGGUGCCAAAUCCUCUACUCGAUGAUUCCCAAGAAGGUGUCUCCUUGUAUAUGACUCUGAGGAAUCAUUUACUGAAUGACCGUUUUCUGAUUGAUGCAUCUGAGUAAUAUGGUUGUACAUAACCUGGUCUUACCUAAUAAAAAAGUCUAAUUUGUUAAAAUUUGUAUUUCUUUCUGUUAAGAAAAAAUCGUAAGUAAAAUCGUUUCAAAAUUUCC